AUGGCGCGCCUUCGCAAAGAAAAGGGCGGCGGUCUUUCGACGACUAAAAAUCUAUCAAGACCCAAAAAAUUGGCACCUGGUCGGGACCAGGGAGAUUUGGAAGUUCUCAAUGGCGAUCCUGGGUCCUCGAGUGAAGACCCCGCACUUUCCAAGGACGUUUCGAAGUUCUUGAAGGAACUCAACCUGGACCAAAAUACACCUCACGACGUCCAGCUGAUAUUUAAAUCGAAGGACCAAUCGAACAAGAAACUGAGGGCAAAAUCCGAUGCACACCAAGCAUCUGGGAAGACUGAUCCCCGUCAGUCGAAAAAGCAAAAGGAGAGUAAAAAAACGAAGCCAGAAACAGCUCCUCCACCUCGACCCAUUGCGAAGUCUAAUCCAGUCAAAGAGCCGCCAAAACCCACCUUGCCCACCAAACUCACCUUCACAAACAAAUCAACCUUUGUUUUCCCCCCCAGCUCACAAUGGUACCUCUCAGUGCCUGCACUAAGUCCUUUGCCCACCACUCCGACCAUAACGCCGGCCCAGCUGACGUCUUUGACGUCCAAAGCUGAGUCCCUGCACGAAGCAGACAUCCGUACCUUCCAAACGUCUUCUUCGUCAAACUCUUCCGCGUCAGAAGCGAGCUUCUUGUCGAAGAUAAUCCAGUCCGGUACUCUAUCCGACAGGCUAAGCGCGUUAACGCUGUUGGUGCAGAGCAGCCCCUUGCAUAAUACGAAGUCCUUGGAGACGCUGAAGGGAAUGGCCGAGAGGGGCAAAGGCAAGGGUGGAAGGGAGGAAAGCCUCAAAGCUUUGCGUUGCGUCGUCGAUUGGUGGAUUGGUGGUGGUGCUCCGAAUCGUAAACUCAAAUACUUUCGGGAUCAGCCUCUUCUUCACCCAUCGGUAACGGACCAACAUCUCCUAGUUUGGUACUUUGAGGAUUGGCUAAAGAAGUACUUUUUCUCCAUUUUGCAAGUCCUUGAGACCCUCUCUUUGGAUCCCCUCAAUUACGUUCGGACUCAAUCGUUGAACCUAAUUUCUACGUUAUUAAGAGAAAAGCCUGAGCAAGAACAGAAUCUCCUUCGUUUACUAGUCAACAAGCUCGGAGAUACUGACAAGCCCCUUUGCGCACGCGCCUCCCACCUCUUACUUCAAGUCUUGCAAACGCAUCCGGCCAUGAAAACCGUCAUCGUGCGGGAAAUUAUGGCCCUCGUUUUGCGACCACCGUCAGCACCCGCAGCUGUGGCUCCCUCUUCAACGCCAGCGAACAAACACAUUCGAUUCAACGAAUCGGAACCUUCAAAGUCAAAGCCAAAGCCCGCCAACUCUGGUACUGACAAGAAACCAGGAGGAGGCAACGCCCACGCACGAUACUACGCUACGAUCACGUUCAACCAGAUCGUCCUGUCUCCGGGAGAUCGUGAAGUUGCCCUCAAGCUUGUCGACGUUUACUUUGAGUUGUUUAAAGAACUGUUGGGUGAAGGUGCUAGUGGGAGCGAUGACGUCAAGGACGCCGAGGAGGAGGCCAUCGAAAACAAGGAGUUCAAGACGGACAAGGGUGGAAGGAUCAGGGAUGGGGGUAAGGGAAAAGGCAAGGGAAAGGGAAAGGGCAAGGUAAACGAGGUUAAAGGGGCGGCCGGGUUCACUGAGGUUGAAGAUGCGCACUCGAAAUUGAUUUCCGCCAUUUUGACGGGUGUGAACCGUGCACUCCCGUUCGCAAAGAUUGAUGCUGGAGACUCGGGUGUUCAAAAACAUAUCGACACCCUAUUCCUCAUAACGCACACUUCAACCUUCAACAUCUCCCUCCAGGCGCUUGUGUUGAUCCAGCAAAUCAGUGCCUCACUAACAUCUACCGCAUCUGCACCAUCUACAUCGUCAACCGCCAAGUCUAUCGUUGACCGGUAUUAUCGCACUCUAUACAACUCCCUCCACGACUCGCGGCUUGCGACAUCGUCAAAACAGGCCAUGUACUUGAAUCUUUUCUUCAAGUCUGUCAAGGCCGAUGCUGGCGUGGGCGGUGGCGAAAGAGUCAAAGCCCUUAUCAGACGGUUCGUGCAAGUAUUGGUUAGUGGUGGUGGAGGUGCUACCGAGUUUGUAGCCGGAGGGUUGUUCUUGCUUGGAGAGCUAUUUAGCAGUAUACCUGGCUUACGCGCCAUGAUCAACAGCCCCGCCAAAGCAGAAGGCGAGUCAUAUGACGCUCGCAAACGUGAUCCCCAGUACGCACAUGCCUCGUCCUCGCCUUUGUGGGAACUCACCCCGCUACUGAACCACUACCACCCUGCGAUAUCACUACACGCCCAACAACUCUUAUCUUGUCAACCUCUCACAGCCAGCGCGGACCUCUCACAAAACACACUCUCGCACUUCCUCGACCGAUUCGUAUACAAGAAUCCCAAGAAACCGAAGGCUAGUGAAGGUGGUGUGACGGGGGGCAAGGGUGCCAGUGCUAUGCAACCUGCGGCUAGUGGAGUCGAGGGUGUGAAGCUGAUGAAGGGCGAGGUGGAUGAUGCGGCCCGGAUGAACGAAGCGGCAUUUUUGAGGCAGAAGAGGUCUAAUAUUCCCGUGGAUCAGUUAUUUUUCUAUGACUAUUUCUCGAGGAAGAGCGAGAAAGAGAAGGCGAAAGCUGCCAAAGUUGGAAAACGGAAAGAUCAAGACGAGGAGUCGAGCGGGGAGGAGGAGGAGGAGGAGGAGGAGGAGGAAGACCUGGAAGAAGUCAGCGCGAAUGAAGCCGACGAGGAGGAUGAAGGAGAGUUGCUUAUACAGGGCGCGAAUGAGGACGAGGACGAAGACGAAGACGAAGACGAUAGUGACGAAGACGAAGCUGAGAUCUGGAAGGCUAUGCAAAAAUCCAUGCCCAAGGCUGCAGGAGAGGAUGACGACCUUAUGGAAGACGACAGCGACGACGAUCUGGAUCUCGACUUAGGUAGCGGAGAAGAAGGUAGCGAAGUGGAAGACGACGAAGAUGACAACUCCGACGCCCUAUCACUAGUGGAGGCCUCGGAUAACGAAGAUCUUAUCUCACUGGAUGGAGACGUGCCCGAUGACCUUAUCGAAUACGAUGGCUCUGAUGUUGGUGAAGAUGAGGAGCAGGAAUGGGGUGGGAUAGCAGAGGGCACAGUUGGUGGUGGUCAAAAACGGAAGAGGGAAGAGACGAGAGGCGAGAAAAGGAAGAAGCUGAAGUCACUACCUACAUUUGCAAGCUACGAGGACUACGCGAAGAUGAUUGAGGAUGGACCAGAGGAUGAUAUAUGA